CUUAGAUACACCAAAAUGAAGACGGCAACCAACAUCUACAUCUUCAACCUGGCUUUGGCUGAUGCUUUGGUUACCACCACAAUGCCAUUUCAGAGUGCAGACUACUUGUUGAACUCCUGGCCAUUUGGUGAAAUAGUAUGCAAAGUCUUCAUCUCCAUUGACUACUACAACAUGUUUACCAGCAUUUUCACACUAACCAUGAUGAGCGUGGAUCGAUAUGUGGCUGUGUGCCAUCCAGUCAAGGCGCUCGAUUUCCGUACACCACUCAUGGCUAAGACCAUCAAUGUGGGCAUAUGGGUACUGUCCUCAGCAGCAGGAGUGCCAGCUAUGGUGCUGGGGGGAACACAAACCAGUAAUGGCACCACAGAGUGCGCCCUGCAGUUUCCUGACCCUUAUGAGUACUGGGACACUCUAAUGAAGAUCUGUGUGUUUGUCUUUGCUUUUGUUGCCCCUGUCCUCAUCAUUAGCGUCUGCUACUCUCUCAUGCUUCUUCGACUGCGUAGUGUCCGCUUACUUUCUGGUUCUCGAGAGAAAGACCGCAACCUUCGUCGCAUCACUCGUUUGGUCCUAGUGGUUGUGGCAGCUUUUAUCAUUUGCUGGACCCCUAUUCAUAUCUUCAUUAUUCUCAAAGCUGUAGUGGCCAUUCCUGAGACCACACCACUAAUGGCUGCUUAUUUUCUGUGUGUUGCUCUUGGUUACACCAACAGCAGUCUCAACCCUAUUCUCUAUGCAUAUCUAGAUGAGAAUUUUAAGAGGUGCUUUAAGGACUUCUGUUCGCCAGCAAGGCGAAAGGGAGAUAGAGGAGUUGGAGGGAGCAGACUAGGGAGAAUUGCAUCCAGGCAGUUACCUCAGGCUGCAGAAUGUACCCCAAGGACAGCAAAGCCAGCAUGA